AUGACAAGUCAGAGAGAACAGUUAAGCCAAUCUUCUUCUCUCUAUGCUCCCGUAACGGCAGUGGCAUUAAGUUCAGAGUUCUUUUGCCUAGCAAUGGGUAAUCGUGUGAUGGCAGGCCGUUCACCCAAUUCAUCUUCUUCUAUACAUAUAAAUACAAAUAAGAAUAGUAAUACUAAUAAUAAUAUUACUAUACAUGAGAAGAAUGAAAAAGAAGAAGAAAUGUGGCUUGUAGCGGAACUUCCCCAUGGUGCUGUCAUUACAUCAUUAGAGCAAUACAUCACGACUAUGGAAACUUCUCAACGUCUUGUUUUUGUUGUGAUUGGAAGUGGGAAUCAUCUCUUUAUAGCCCCACUGGAUAUAGAAAGAAGAAAACAUUCUCUUCUUACACAUAUCAAACUGGAAGACUCGGCGAGAAUUCUGAAGAUUCGCAGUAUAAUGACGAUUGGAUCUCAAAUAGGUGGUGUUCUCAUAUUAACCGCCUUAAAUUCCGUUUACUUUGUGAGUGAAGCCUCUCUUCUUUCUCCUGAUUAUAGUGUGGAUCGUACUAAUAUUAGUAGUCAUCAUCAUACGAUUAAUAGUUCUAUUCAUAGUAGUCCUAUACCAUUUGUUCGCUAUUCAGCAGAGGGAUUGGGUGUGGCAUUAGCCGCAGAUGCUGUAAUGGAAACAUAUCAUAAUAAUAAUAAUAAUAAUAAUAAUAAUAAUAAUAAUAAUAAUAAUAAUAAUAAUAACAAGAAAAGAAGAAGUAUGGCUGUAUUCUCUGGUACAUAUGCGGGUUCUAUUGCCGCCUGGUCUGUUCCUCUUCCAUAUACACAGGAAGAUGAAAAAGAUGAAGAAAAGGAUAAGAGAUCUAUUGUAAAGAGCCUUCCUGUAUAUUCAUGGAUUCAUGCACAUCAACCAGGUUGUGCUGUCUUCUCUGUUAAAGUAAUCACUACUACUAAUAAUAAUAAUACUAAUAAUAAUAAUGAUAAUAUAGAAGGAAAUGGUACCGCUUACAAUAAGGCACAUUUCUGUGUAGCUACUUGCAGUGAUGAUCGCACAGCUACACUGUAUGUUCCUACUACACCUGCAUGUAUAUUAACAGAGGGAAUGACUUGGAUUUGUUGUUGGCGAGGCGGUGGAGUUUCUUUUUCACGAAGACGUAUAUUUGAUGUGGAUAUACAUUACACAUCUUAUAAAGAUAGUGGGAGACUUCUCUUAGCAACUGGUGGUGAGGAUGGAUGUGUACAGGCCUUUGGCUUUCAAGCAGAGGAACUUAUUCCAUCUAGUGAAAGGAAUAUAUGUGAAGAUGAUAAUGAAGAAAAAGAAAAGAAGAAGAAAGAAAAUAUAUCUAUGAAAGGAGUCAUGUUACUACGACGUGAACAUCAACAUAGUGGUCGUGGUGUGUAUAAAGUACUUCUUCACAAUAAUAAUAAUAAUAAUAAUAAUAAUAAUAAUAAAGCUGGUGUGAUUUCCUCUGGUUUUGAUGGAUCUACACAUUAUACGGCCUUAUCUACAUCAUUAUCAUCAUCUACACAAACUGCUGUACUUGUGCCGAGAGAAUUGAGACGCAGUCGACAUGUACGUAGUAUUGCCUGUGAUGAGGCAGGGACAUUAUUGGCAUGUACAGAAGAGGAACUUAUUAUUCUUUUUGUUAAGAGUGGGAAUGUAAAGGAAGUGCGAGUGCAGUUUCCCUCUUCUACAAAUAAUAAUAAUAAUAAUAAUAAUAAUAAUAAUAAUAAUAAUAAUAAUAAUAAUGUUAAGAGAGAUAACUUGCCAACAUGUUUAGGUACUAUUAGAUGUAAAGUACAAGAGCAGUUUCUAGCAUUAGUGGGUACAAAAGCAGGGAAUGUCUAUGGUAUAUCCUACACACUUCCAUUAGAAGAAGAAAAAAUGGAAAAGGAUUCUUUUACAUAUACAGCUAUCGUAUCUUUUUCAACUAUGCCGUCAUCCUCAAAGGUUUUAUUUGUGCGUGGAUUAUAUUGGAAAGAAUAUCUUUUAUUUGUGAGUAUUCACGCCAAUGGGACACUUGUGCUUUCAGCCGUUUCUUCUUCUUCU